AAAGUUGCUCGAUUAGUUUUGGUAGCAAUAUAUGCUGGAGCCGACGAUGAGUAGCAACCUCUUGGUGAUGACUUCUCAUAAAUGCCAGUCAACAUCUGUCAUUAUUCCUCCGCCUAUCUCUGCUUCUCCCAGUGAAGAAGUGAAGAACCACAUUCAUCAUCCCUCUGCUUCCUUUGCCUUCUCUCAGAGCUCUGAAGUCUAGUAGACAUCUUAGCUUCUCCUUUAGAUGACCAUCCCUAAUCGCCGGUCUACACUCCAAACCUUCUCAAUGUCUGCCAGAGCUUUUGUUGCCUUCGUUCUUGCAAGUCGUUCGUAUUGUCAUCCGGCCGUUGUCUACACAACUAAAAUGCUCAGAGUAUUGCUCCUGAGCAGAGCUUAUGAGCCUGAACCCCACUUUACUCUUGUUGGAGGGGCAUUCGGAGCAUCUCAUUGUCGGGAUAAUAUUACAGCGAAAGGCGCUGUAGAUUUAGGCUCAGCGUGCCGAAACCCCCGGUGUACCCACAGUGGCAUAAGGCUAAAGUCGAAGGCAUCUCGAAGGCAUCUCGAGCUUCGAGUCGUUCAUCACGAUAAAUUUAUGAUGAACAUUCUGCGAUUUAAUUUUUUUAUGUACCAGUUGAUAACAUGGCCUGAUACUUCUGUACCCUUGACAGCGGCACAAUAUCAAGAGGAACCGUAGUUCUGGUGUUCUGGUGUUCAACUGCAUGACCAGGACUUUCGUAUCCCCCUAAAUUCUCCAGGGUCUUUCAUGCAGGUACCCC